AUGGGUAAACACGAAGUUGGUACACCAAAAUAUAUUGCUAAUAAGAUAAAAGCAAAAGGAUUACAAAAACUUAGAUGGUAUUGUCAAAUGUGUCAAAAACAAUGUCGUGAUGAAAAUGGUUUUAAGUGUCAUACCAUGUCCGAAUCACAUCAAAGACAAUUGCUUAUAUUUGCUGAUAAUGCUAAUCGUUAUAUAGAUGAGUUUUCACGACAAUUUUCCGACGGGUAUUUAGAAUUAUUAAAAAGACAAUUUGGUACUAAAAGAGUACCUGCAAAUAAAGUUUAUCAAGAUUACAUAUCAGACAGACAUCAUUUACACAUGAAUGCCACUCAGUGGGAAACAUUAACAGAUUUUGUAAAAUGGUUAGGACGAGAGGGUAAAUGUGUCGUUGACGAAACUGAAAAAGGUUGGUUUGUAGCUUACAUUGAUAGAGAUCCUGAAACUAUUGCCAUGCAGGAAGCUAUGGCGAAAAAAGCUAAAAUGGAAAAAGACGAUGAAGAAAGAUUAAUGGAUUUCAUUGAAAAACAAGUUGAAAGGGGAAAACAAAAUAUAGUACCUGUAGAAUAUACAGAACUCAUAAGAGAAAGUGAAGAUGAUAAAAUAAAAUUAGAAUUAAAUUUAGCAUUAAAAAAAGUUAACGAAAGUAAACCUUUGACUAAACCUCCGAUAAAUUUAUUAACGAAAGAUAAAAACAUGAAAAAAAAUGUUAAAAGUGAUAGUUUACCACCUUUCUCCAAUAAAAGAAAAUCAGCUUUGGAUGAAAUUUUAGAAGAAGAAGAAAAAAGAAAAGAAAAAAAAAAUAGAAAAGAUUAUUGGUUGUCCGUUGGAAUCGUUGUCAAAAUCAUAACGAAAAGUUUAGGCGAUAAAUAUUACAAGAAAAAAGGCGUCAUAGAAAGCAUAAAAGAUAAUUACAUAGGUAAUGUUAGAAUGUUUGAUACAAAUGACCUUAUUAAAAUUGAUCAAGAACAUUUAGAAACUGUCAUACCAUCAGAGGGUAGACUUGUGAAAAUUGUCAAUGGUGCCUACAGAGGAGAAGAAGCCAUUUUAAAAGAAAUCCAUGAGAAAAAAUUUUGUGCAACGUUAGAAAUAUCAUCGGGGUUAUUAAAAGGACGAAUAGUACAAAAUUGUAAAUAUGAAGAUUUUAGUAAAUUAAAUUCAAUUAGUUAA